AUCGUUAAUAAUUUAAGUGAGUGUCAGUGUCAAUAGCGCGUUAUAUGACUUUUUCAAAAUGCCUAGAAAAUUUUGCGCUCGACUCUGCGCUCUUCAGAAGUGGGAAAAUUAUUCGGGUUAUGGAUUUAGCUUACAAGCAACGAAGGGAAAAGUUGGGCACUAUAUAAGCGAGGUCGAUCAACAAUCACCUGCAUUUGCGGCUGGUCUUAGAGAUGGUGAUUACGUAGUAGAAGUAAAUGGCGUUAAUAUUAUACCUUACCAACAUCAAGAGGUAGUACAAUGUAUUUUGAAAAAUCCUUCAAAAGUCUCCCUUCUUGUACUCGAUCCAGAAUCAAAAGCUUAUUUUGAAAAUAAUUCAAUUACUGUCAAUAAAUUUAUGGUGGAUAUUGAGAAAAUCUAUUGUCCAGCAGUUAAUCCAUUUACAUCUGGUCAAAAGGUGAAUGGACAUAGUGAACUGAUUUCAAAUGACAGUUUUUUAUCAAAUGAAUCAGAAAAAAUUAAACUUGGAACUAUUGACGAGAUGACCAUUCAAUCAUCUAGUUAUCCAUCAUCUAUGGUUUCAUUAUCACAAAAUAAUAAUUCACUAACAAGUAUUCGUAAUAGUUCACCAGUAUAUAGUAAUAAAUCAAGAAAUGAUAAGAUAAAUGGUGCUUUAUCUGUUCAACAUAGUCCUCUAUCUAUUGAAUCUAAGAAGUCUGUUCAACAAAACAAUCAUCAAUCAAUUAUAAGUGAUAUUGAUUCAGAUAUAAUUAGUAAUAGAUCAACAGUAAAUGGAGGACGUCGGCGAAAUCAACAAAAAGAUUUCCUAAGUUUUAAUGCACGUGCAAAAAUAGUGAAUGAAUUGUAAUUAAUUGAUAUUGUUUUCAAAGUUUUAAAUCAUAGAAACAGAUAUUGUUUAUUUGACCAAAUCAAAUUAUCAAUAUAUGUCAAUAUAAGCUACUGAUUGAACUAAUAUUUGUCAAAAGUUUACAAGAGAAUUUUUCUUUUAUAAUUUGUAUUACCAUCCUAUUAUUUGUUACUUUUCUUAUCAUUAUUUUCUUCUAUCAUUACUUUAGUCACAUUAAUAAUGAUUUCAUUAUUUUGUAUAAUAAAAAUUUUUAAUUAUG